AUGGAGAAAGGCGAGGUCUUCACGCCUCUGUCCGACAUCACCGCCGGCCGGAGCACCGCGCCCAAGGUUCAGAAGCCGGCGCAACAGCCACAACAGCAGCAGCCGUCGCAAGGUCAGCGGACGGCUGUACAUGACCCUGAUAAGGCGAAGAGGCUUGGGCAGGUGCACUUCAAGGCUGCUCAUGGCAUCAUUGUCGCUUUCUUUACUUUCAUACUAAUACUUCACAUCCUCGGUAUCUACCUCUUCACCAGCGGCUUCCUUCUCACGCGAUUGGUGCUCGACCACAAGUCAGAAUGCGCCCUCCCCCCAAUCGACUCUGCGAACGCGUACACCCCGGGCGACGCGGAAAAGGGGUGCUGGCACCCGAAGACAUUCAACAAAGCAGUCGUCAUCAUCGUCGACGCGCUGCGAUAUGACUUCACUGUGCCCUUCCCCGAACAAUUCGAACCUGUCGACCUCGCUGUCGAAGCCGAGAACCCGUCCCAAGCCCCUCCAAUCGCCCCGCGCCAUUUCCACAAUGCGUUCCCCGUUCUAUACGAGACGGCGAGGAAUCAGCCUCAGAACGCGUUCCUCCUGCCCUUCAUCGCCGACCCGCCGACGGCCACGAUGCAGAGGUUGAAGGGGCUCACAACGGGUACGUUGCCCACCUUCAUCGAUGUGGGCAGCAACUUUGCGGGCCAGGAGAUUCUUGAGGAUAACUUGGUUGGACAAUUGAAGAAUGCGGGCAAGAGGAUGGUUCACCUCGGUGACGACACAUGGCACGCUCUUUUCCCGGACUACUUCGAGCCGAACCUGACGCACGCGUACGAUUCGUUCAACGUCUGGGACCUACACACUGUCGACUAUGGCGUGAGUGAGCACAUUUUCCCACUUUUGCAGGCUGAGAAUGCCGACAAGUGGGAUGUCAUAUUCGGUCACUAUCUGGGCGUGGACCACGCUGGACACCGUUACGGACCCGAUCACCCUGCCAUGGCCGCGAAGUUGAGCGAAAUGGACAAGGUCUUCCAGCGCAUGAUUAGAAGCAUCGAUGACGACACUCUGUUAGUUGUUAUGGGAGAUCACGGUAUGGACGCAAAGGGUGACCAUGGAGGAGAGUCGGAUGAUGAGAUCCAGGCUGCGCUGUGGAUGUACUCGAAGAAGGGUAUAUUCGGGCGCAGCAACCCUGCCUAUGUCGCGCCUCCGGCCAAUGCGAAGACCCGGCCAGUGGGACAGAUCGAUCUAGUCCCGACUCUCUCGCUUCUUCUAGGCAUGCCCAUACCCUUCAACAACCUCGGAAAGCCCAUCGAAGAGGCUUUCAUCGGCAAGGACGGCGCUGACUACAAAAACUUGGCGACCGUCAACCGCCUGACCGCUGCUCAGAUCCACAACUACCAACAUGAGUAUGCCAAGGUUCGUGGCAUUGCUGAUAGCGCACGAGCUUCUUCGCUUGCCCUUUGGAAGAACGCAAAUGACGCUUGGAACUCGCUCGGAAAGUCCAAGGCCAACAGUGAAGAGAUGCGCCAGGCGUACGAAGCUUUCGGUGACUACCAGCGUGAUACGCUCCGCAUCUGCCGCGACCUUUGGGCUCGAUUCGACGUCCCUAGGAUGGUCAGUGGUGUCACAGUCUUGGCCGCCAGUCUGAUCGUAGUCGCGCUCUACGCUAGAAUCCUCCAUGGAGAUCGUGCCGACGUAACUCCCGUCUUCUUCACUCGAGGUGCUAUUGGUCUGGUUCUCGGAGGUAUCGUAGGUGUGGGCUUUACUAUCUUCAUGCCAGUGGACACCAAGUCGCACGUCCUUGUCCUCUCCUCUGCUCUCACUGGAAUCGUCGGCUGUGCUUCUACUUUCUACUCGCUGAGUUACCGCCUCAUGCCUCCGAUGCCAAACAGCAUUUGGGGCUGGACGAGUGUCAUCUUCACUCUUGCGCUCUCUGGCGGCUUUGCAGCCAACUCAUUCACCAUCUGGGAGGACGAGAUUCUCCUGUACUUCCUAACCACCUUUGGUGUUCUUGCGCUUAUCUCGUCCUUCCGUCGAAAGAGUAUUUCAGACCGGACUCUGGGCGCUUACCACUCCAUCUUGUUCACCAUCUUGCUCAGGGUUGCUAGCUUCUCGAGACUAUGCAGAGAAGAGCAGAUGCCAUAUUGCAAGUCCACAUACUACGGAUCCGCUUUGUCCACUACAUCAGCACCGUGGCAACUUGCCAUUCCCGUAGCCGCCGCCAUCCUCAUCCCCACAUUCAUCAAGAGCUACUACGACGGCACCAAGAGCUACCAGCACUACGCGACCCUUUGGAUAGGUCUCGCACUGCGCUUCGGUCUAAUGAUGUCCGCCGCAUACUGGGCCCUCGACGCCGCCGACGACGGCGAAUGGGCCCCCGGCUGGGAAAACAUCAUCCGCAUCACCAAGCGCUUCCUCGCCCAGAUCGUGCUCGCCAUCAGCAUGGCUUUUGGGUACUCAAUCUACAACUGGUCCAAGCCGCUCCUCAACGUCAUCAUCAACAAAGACGGCGGCGUCGACGAGAACGGCGCCCCAAAGGAAGAAGUCAUCAUCCACGGUUUCGCAAACGUCCACGGCUCGCGCUACGCCCUCCUCAUCACAAUCUGGUACCUCGCCGUCGCCGUCCUGCAAAAACCCAUGGGCGCAGGUGCAAUUGGCAUCUUAGUCUGGCAACUCUUCUCCCUCUUCGAAAUCAUCGACACGAAUAACCUGCGUCAAUCCGCCAUCGGCCCCGUUGUCCUCGGCCUCCUCGGCUCCUUCCACUUCUUCAAAACAGGCCACCAAGCCACCCUCUCCUCCAUCCAAUGGGAAUCAGCAUUCAUCCCCUUGACCAAGAUACGUUACCCAUGGACCCCGAUCAUCGUCAUCCUCAACACGUUCGGCGCACAGAUUCUUUGUGCUAUUGCGGUACCCGCGUGUGUGCUUUGGAAGGUUAAACCCCAGAAGAAGGGUCUGCUUAGUGUGGUUACGAAGGCGGUGGCUACUCACAUUUUGUUUUAUGCGACUGUUAAUCUGGCGACGACGAUGUGGGCGGGGCAUCUGAGGAGGCAUCUUAUGCUUUAUAGGAUCUUUUGUCCUAGGUUUAUGGUUGGGGCUGUGGUGUUGUUGGUUGUGGAUGUGGUGUUGAUUGUUAUUGCGCUGUGGGGGACUAGGAUGAGUAUGUUGAGUACGGCGGAGGUGUUUGGGUUUGGGGGGUAG